UCAGAGCAGUAAGGCGGGGGGAAAGGGCUUGGACUUAUUCCUGUCGCUUCUUUCAGCUGCGGUAAAUAUAUGACAUAAAGCCAUAAAAAGAACAAUUCAUGUGCUUGUUUUAAACUAUAAGAUUGGUAGGGAUUGUUUGCAAUGGCAGCGCGUGCAGGAUCGGUCAUGAAUCCGCCGCCGCAGCAGCAGGCGGGCGAGGAGCGGGUGGUUUUCACUCAGCUUAAACCGGUGAGGAUGUCCGGAGCUGACGGCGCGGAGGAGGCAUCCGUGUUUGAGGACGUUAAACCCGGGGUCCAGUUGGAGAUGGACAAAUACCUUCCUCAGAUCAACAGCUCCCUCUUGAGUCCUGCCGUUGACCCCAGCGACAAGAAGUACAGGCGGGAGAGCGCCUCGGUGGUGGACGAGUACUUCUCAGAUGACAAACACGGCACCCCGUACAGCGUCAACAUCAACGUUAUCCUGCCCAGCACCACUCACCUGCGUACGGGUCUCUACCGCCACAACUCUAAGACCCUCGCCCCCCAGCAGAUCAAAACAGAACCCGGACUGGAGGUGCCCUGCUCCUCCACCAGCACACCCACCCAGGCCCUGCCGGACUUCACCUCGGUGUUCAGCGUGCCACCUGUUGUCAACAGCGUCUUCAUCAAACCGGACUUGAGCUCUGGCGGAGUGACCAUGUCCUCCACGGGGCCACAGCAACAGCAGCAAACUUUGGACACAGAGCUUCACAUCGGACCCCCAGCCCCUCAGCCACAGGUCUACCACAUGCCCAUCAGCAGCGGUGCUGACCUCACCAUGACUUUGUCCCACUCUGGACCCUCAGCUUCUAGAACCAUGCUGAACCUGGGCAGUGGCAGCUACAUGAUGGCCGAACACCAGCUGGCGCAGCACCACGCUUACUACCAGGCCUCCACUGCCGCAGUGUCCCAGCACACGGGCCCCCACAGCCUGCCACCCUCGCCGCCGAAUUCACAGCCGGGAAGUCCUGAGGGUCAGGCGGAGCUGCUGAGCCUGGCCAGCCAACCGCCUCCCCCAUACCAGCAGCAUCUGAGCGGGAUAAAAGUGACGGGGUUGUCCCCUCACGCCAUGCUGAUGACUCACGGCCAGGGCGUCCUGACGGGGCCCAAAUACAACAGGCGGAACAACCCGGAACUGGAGAAGAGGAGGAUUCAUUUCUGUGACUACCCAGGAUGCACUAAAGUUUACACAAAGAGCUCGCAUCUGAAGGCGCACCAGAGGACGCACACAGGUGAGAAGCCUUACCGCUGCACGUGGGACAACUGCGACUGGCGCUUCGCCCGCUCAGACGAGCUGACGCGGCACUACCGAAAACACACGGGCGCCAAACCCUUCAAAUGCGUUGCCUGCAGCCGCUGCUUCUCACGGUCAGACCACCUGGCCCUGCACAUGAAGCGACACCAGAACUAACGCAAAAUACCCCGAAAGAGAGACAAAAAUGCGUUCACCCGGAUGCCCCACAUCACACCUGCACAGACUUUUAACACCGACAUUCUGCUUCCGAGAGAGACUUCCCGGUGAGUCUCGCCUUUAGAAAGUCCGCUAGGCAAAACUGGAAGGGAGAACAUGAAAAAUAACGAAACAAAAACACAAUAGGAUGGCACGGACUGGAGUGCAAGACCUCCUAAAGAAUAGUCAGACCAUACCAACCAACCUCCUGCACAGGCAUACUUUAUUAUAGGCAUACUUUGCUAUUUGGUUUUACAGAUAUGCUGAUGAUUUUGCUGUGUAUGCUAAUCGCAAAGCAACACAACGUAAGCGAACAUGAAAUUAUCUGGAAUUUAGGAAUUGUUUGGGACUUGACAUAACAUCCCGGAGUAUUCAUAUCAAAUGUUCUUUCGUCAAAACGUGCAAACCGAACUUUGAUCGGAUACAGACGCUCUACGAAGUAACCAUUGAAUGAAAUAGUUUUGCAAGAUCUUGGUUGCCCUUCCACAAAAUUGAUCACACAAAAUCGGAACAUUGUUUUUAAUUGUGCUAACCAACAACCAGAAACACCUCAACUCUGUUGUCACCCUGUUUCUUUUUAGCACGCCAGCUAAAGUCUUCGUACCACAGUGGUGAUGAUGAUUUUUCUGUCCAUGCUAAUCGUUAAAAACACACACAACCGCACUUGCAAUUGUGCGAAAUUUAAGAAUCGUGGGGUCGUUUUGGACUUGUGGUGACAUCCCAGAAUUGCACAACCGUUCCACCAAAAAUGUGUUGAAAGUGGUCAGGUUUUUAGGAUAAGUAACUAAAAUACAAAAAAAAAACAACUUCGGCAGAGCUAACACAGCAAAUGACAAUCCACUUUUUACAAAAUACUUAAAUUUGCCAUUUUGUCACCUUGUUUGUCCUCACCGUGCUAACUAAAGUCUUCGUACGGCAGCGCUAACAAUUAUAUGGAAUCGUGGUGUCGAUUUGGACUCGUCGUGACGUCCGAGAAUCGCACAAACCUUCCAUCAAAAUUUUGUCGAAACCUGCCACGGAAUUCUAAGUAACAAAGCGACAAAGUCCGCUUUCUGUGCUAUGUACACUAUGCUAAGCUAUAUGCUAGUAUGAAACAUUUUUGUUACCGAUUUGCCACCUUGUUUGUCCUCACCUUGCUAACUAAAGUCUUCAUACGUCAGCAGUAACAACAUACAAACGCACUUGACGUCAUUGGAAAUUGGAAUCGCGGUGUUCGCAGUUUUCUUCUUGCUCAGCGAUGCGGACCGUUCUCUCAUUUGCGGACAGGUGGACGGCAACUCCUCGCUCUCUUGUAAAUAAUGUUUAUAUAUCUAUUGUGCAUACGUGAGUCUGCGAAAACAACGAAUGUAUUUUGAUUUCUACUUGUUGUUAAUGCGUUCAAGAAAAAAAAAAAGACGACCGGAUUUUUAAGCAUGCUCUGAGAAAAUAAUGUAACGCUUACGCCAGAGAGUUGACUCUGAGACAUCAGCCGAUGUUUGGGAUUGCUUGUUUCCGUAGUGACCUUUGAUGAGAGUUUCUGUUCAGACCUUUGGUUUGAAUUCUCGCGUAUUUAUUCAGUAACAGCAAUGAUGUCACUGAUUGGCUGGGAAAAAAACAUAUCAUAAAACCAUAUUAGUUGAAAAUAAUAUUUUUAUAACAUUUCUUAAUUUUUAGGAUAUUUUUAUGACCCCCCCACCCCCCGUCUUUUAUUUUAACAACUCAAGGAUUCAUGUUCACAGAGCGCAGCGUGUAAAAUGAAAGUCUACUUUAAAAGCUUUGUAAAUAUUUCAUUGGUUUUUAAUGCCUUUUUAUCAUUUUUAAUAGUGCAUUUUUUUUCCUAUCUAAUGGGAUUUUAGAUUGAUUUUUUGUUUUGGACACUUUUUUCUGUUUGAAGUCAAAUGAUGCAAUGCGAUAAUAAAAAUUUGUGAAAUAAUGCAGAAUUGUAUUGUCUUUUCGUGCUUUUUCCCCCAAAAAGUUCAUUUCUUUUUAAUGUAUUUAAAUGUACAGUAUUUGUGUGUAUGUUUUGUAACUACGGUAUACCGUAUUUUAUUUUUAGUGGUUUUAAAUGAGUUAAUAUAGUAACCCUAAUACAGGGGUGGCCAAACUUUUUCCAAGGAGGGCCACGUAGUGAAAAAUUAAAGGAUGCAAGAACCACUUUGAUAUUUUGUAAAUUUGUGCUGUUUUUUUUGUUGUUGUUGUUUUUUUUUUAAAUUUUCCAAACAUUUCAACUGUCUUUUUAAAUAAUCUCCAUAAAUUUUCUUUUUGUAAUAGCGUAAC